GUUUAGGUAGCUCAUGAUCUCUAAGUACUGUAGAUAUUCAAAGAAUGAUGGCUGAGUCUCUAUCUCUGUCGCCAGAUCAUCAGAAGCAGAAGUAUCCGGACGAUGAAGAAAUAUACGAGAAUUUCCUCGGAAUAGCGAAAGAUUUUCAGUACAAAAGGUGUUCACAUAAACAAGAGGACGCAAUUGAGUUUCUGAGAUUAGUGAAGGAUACGUUUAAGGACAGACAGCCAGAGACAUACGAUGAUCAUUUCUUGGAAGCACUCCAAUUAGAUUCAUGCAGAUCAUCAGAAAAAAGGUGUACUCAUGAUCACGACAAAGUACUCCAACUAAAGGACGCAUAUGAAUUUCUGAAUUCAGUGAAGGUGGCUUUCAAAGACAACCCAGCAAUAUACCAUCGUUUCUUCCUUUUAAUCAAACAUUGGAGACUAAAAAGGAUCGACUUCUUUGCACUUAGGUCGGCAGUGGAAGAUUUAUUCGAAGGGCAGCCUGAACUGCUCGUGGGUUUCAAUACUUUCUUACCAACAGGAUUUGAGAUCAGCACUCUUGCAGUUUCAAAGAUCAAGGAGAAGGCAAGGAAUUUGCUAUAUAGAAUCAAGAUGCGGUUCGCCAAUGAUCAAAACCAGCACUUUGUAUCAUUUGCACAUUCAGUGAAUGAAUGUGGUAAUGGGGAAAAGAGCUUCAUUCAAUUUCUAAGAGAGUUGACCGUUAUCUUUUCUAGUAAUGAAGAUUUACUCUUGGAGCUCGUUCAAGGUAUAUGCAACGAAUCUUUUUUAAGUUAG